GUACACAUACACUGGCUUACUAAAAUGGACGUUAGGCGUGCGAAACUAGAGUAAUACUUAUGUGGAAUAUGGAUCGAGAAAAGAAGCAUGCAACUGGCUUGUGGGGAUGACUAACAGGACUGGUGUAGAACGGCAGAGGCCUAUACAUGCUAUACAUUCAUUGCUGAAGUUGGUUGAAGAGCUCGACAUUCCAGUAUGUCGGAUUCAUAUGAUUCCAGUCGACAAGAGACGGCUGGAGGCGGAGAGGUUGCCUUGGACACAGCAGUACAACUAGGCGCGGGGGACAACUUGGCCCAGACCAGGCGUGACUGUCAAAAAACAAAGGACCAAUUGGUGGCAAUGCAUGGAGCGGAGCUGCUUGAAAGAGAAAAAGGCCGAGCCAGCGAAGUGACAGCACUUACUGUCGGAUACGAAAACCAGUUAACAGACUGUAAAUCUACUUUAAAUAAACUAACAACGACGCAUAACAAACUUCUGCAAGAUAAUUCUACUCUAUUGUCAUCUUUAGAAGCAGCGAAUGAGAAAAUAAAUCAUCUUGAGGAACUAGACAAAAAUAGUCCAAGUACUAUCACGAAAUUACAGAAUCAGAUUAAGGUAAUCCAGACAGCCUCUGAUACAAAAUCAAAAGAACUGGAAUCAGACCUGACAUCGAGGUUUACAGCUACAAUUAACAGCAAGGAAUCGACGAUAAAAGAUAAGAUUGAACAGAUUAAGCAGCUUGAUCUUGAGGUCACAAAGACCAGGCAAGCUUUGGACAAGAAUGCUGACCUGUUGAGAACAACUGAAGCUGCAAAGACCAAGUUAGAAGGAAAUUUACAUGUCGUUACGAGAGAUAGGGAUGUCAUUCAAACGGACCGGGACAGGUUUGACCGUGACCUGCAAAAAGAGAAAGCUGAUCGUGAGUUUGAUUGUCGUGAGCUGAGGCUGGAGGUAAUCGAGCGAGAAAAACUACGCGCGGCGGCUGAGGAGGAAAAUGUCACACUUAAGGCAAGAUUCUAUGCGGAAAAGGCUGAACUGUUAGCUGAAAAGAAGAGAUUGGCAGACGAACAUGAGGUUGAAAAGACAAAAUGGCGAGAGGCGAUAAACGUUCAAGAAGAGAAACACACGGUCCGUAUUCAAGAGCUUAUCAACCAGAAUAGUAUAACGGAGGGCGAUGUGCAGCGAAAAUACCGAGAGGAGAAAGAGAAUAAUCUCGCCGAGCUUGAGAGAGUGAGAAACGCCUUGAUUAGUGACCACCGUGACGAGAUUCAGAGGAGGGAAGCUAGUGCCGAACGUGCUAAAGAUGAACUCAAGGUAAAACUUGCAAUGAAAGUUAACGAAAUAAAUUCGAUGAAAGCAGCAUAUGAAAAAGAACGUGAGCAGUAUAUUAGGGAUCUUGGGGUGGAACGAAUGAAAAAUGUUGCAUUCGAGAAAGCAAUGAUGGGGAAACUAGAUGAAAACUCCAGCGAAGUUUUUAAGGCGAUCGCAGCCUUGGUGGAAAAACAGAGCUCGCGGGUGGAAACAUUGGAACACGGGUUAGCUGCGCAUGAAGCUAGGGCAAACAAGGAACGGGAUGAGAGACUGGAUCAACUGAGGCAGGAGCAUAAGGAUGAUGUUCAGAGGAUAAAUAGGGAAUGGAACGAUGCCAUGGUUCUACAGGCUACACGGCACUCAGAAAAUACGACAAGAUCGUCUGCAGAGAUAGACGGUCAUUUAAAGAGAAUUGGUGAGUUAGAAGUAGAGAGAGAUACACUGAGGAGGGAUCUUCGGGAGUUGAAAGCGGAUAAGGAUAGCCGUCUUGCAGAGAGAGACAGCGAGAUUGGCGAGUUGAAGGUCAGAGAGAAAAUGCUAGAGAUACAGAAAAAAACAGACGUGGAAUCGUUUGGGAAAGAGAGAUUGUGUUUCCGUAGCAGGAUUAAAUGUUUGAGGAAUAGUUUAGAAACAGAGAGGACGAAUUACAACACCGCUUUAGUGGACUUAAGAAAUGCAGUUGAGAAGAAUGAAGAAGCAAAAGGAAAGAUGAUAGAGGACGCGAAUAUGUUAAAAUUCCAAAUGAAACAGGACCACGAUCGUCUAGUUGAACAGUUGACCAAGACUAAUUCCGUGGUUAAGGAACAGCUGAUACAAUCACAGGAGCUACAGCGUAGUGAGAGAGACGAACACGUGGUAGCCUUGGCGCGUGAGCACGACGAGAAAGUACAACACAUGAACGCCCUCAAUGAUUUGCGCAUGAAAUUCGAGGAAGCAAAAAAAGAUCACAUUGAAGAAAAGGAUAGAUUCGGCGCAAGGAUAGGUACCAUGUUGGAUGAGAUCACCACUCUGAAGGAACAGGCCGCUCGGCGUGCAGAAAAGAUAAGCAAUCUCGAAAAAACGAACAAGAAUUAUAAAGAUCAAAUCGGCAAAUUAAAUGGUGUUUUGGAUGAAAUGAAGGAGCAGGCUGCGCGGUGUGCUGAGAAGUUAGGAAAUCUCCAGAAAACGAACGAGUAUUUUAAGGAACUGAACGAGCAAUUUCAUGGCGCUCUGAUGACGUACAACAAACGGCUGGACAAGCUGACAUCGGAGCAUGCGCAGGAGAGGCGUGUUAUGAGAUUGGAGCACAGUGCGCUCGGAAACCUUAUGAAACCGAGACUGCAAACAUUAGAAAAAAUAUUUCAAGAAUCCAUCCAGCAUUUGGAAGCAUAUCAGGACUUAACGCCGGGAAAAUCGAAAACGACAUGGGAUACUUGUCUGGAGCAGUUUUCUUCAGCUUUUGAGUCAUUCAUUGAAAUGACCCAUGGAGCUAUAGAAAUCGAGGAUGGUGCUAGUGAUGAUAUAAACUGCCAAAAAAGGCUUCAGGAAUCAUCGCACUCACCACUUGUGAAUGGGAAUACUGUCAGCUCGGAUGGGGAAACUGACGAAGAAAGAACAGUGGAAGGUUCCAAGCUGAAUUCUGGUGAUGGAGAAAUUGACGGUCACACGCCAGUAAAAAGACGGCGAUAUGAGAAUGAAUGAAUCUGAGUAGGCCUGGACAUUUGGAAGGCAUUCACACCCUUCCUGACAGCAUUUUUUCGCUUUCGAUUCGUGCACUGGGGGUAGUGGGUAGGCCUAUAUUCAGUAGAAGAUCUAAAUGCACAUGACGAACAUUCCCGACAACUCGGCUUGGGCCUUACUCGAGAAUGUAUAUUUGACUAAUGUUAAAGGGUACGCCGUUACUGGUGAUUCGGGAAAAUAGAAAUGCACAAUGUCUUAGUGCAAUUUUUUUGCAGACGAAUUUGCUGAAAUUUUUUAACAAACGGCAUAGGCCUUUUACACAGUUAAUCGGUCUGGUGCCGCCAUCGAUUGGUAUUGUUGUUGGCCAAACAAUCUCAAACAAACGCGAUGAGCUUUUGCCGCAUGGCAAAUUUAUAUCAUGGCGCGUACACUGUUUUGCAAGAAUAUGUCGCAUUUAUUCAAACAGAUGUCUCAGAUCGAUAUGAAUCGGCGAUACAUGCGUGUUGAUAGGUCUAACCAUUGUAAUAAAGUGCUUAAAAUAGCAAAAGGGGAAUUCCCACUUUUUAUUGAUCAGGCCAUGCAUGGUGACACAGAGUAUACACAGGCACUAUAUGUGUGCAUUGACACUAUGUACUAGUAUUCAAAUUUAAAUUUUACUGCACGACCUUAGUAAAACGUUCCGCUCAAGCAGACA